AUGGGUCAGUCACGACGCCCCGUUGGCGGCGAAAAGAAGAGUCGCUUUGGGCGCUCCAAAGCAGUCGCAGAUGUUGGCGAUGGCCGGCAGGCGGGGGGAAAGCCGAAGGUCAGGAAGGCCGCCUUCGAGAGCAGCAAGAAGAAGGAGAUCGGUGUAUCAGAUCUUACUCUGCUCAGCAAAAUCUCCAACGAGGCCAUCAACGACAAUUUGAAGCUCCGGUUCGAGCACGACGAGAUUUAUACUUAUAUUGGCCAUGUGUUGGUCUCAGUCAACCCUUUCCGAGACUUGGGUAUCUACACAGAUAGUGUCCUCGAUUCGUAUCGCGGCAAGAACCGCCUCGAAGUUCCUCCCCAUGUAUUCGGAGUCGCCGAAUCCGCAUACUACAAUAUGAAAUCCUACAAGGACAACCAGUGUGUCAUCAUUUCUGGAGAGUCUGGUGCGGGAAAGACCGAGGCCGCGAAGCGCAUCAUGCAAUACAUUGCCAGUGUAUCCGGUGGCGGUGAUUCAUCUAUUCAACAGACUAAAGACAUGGUAUUGGCCACGAACCCGUUGCUGGAGUCAUUCGGUAAUGCGAAGACGUUACGCAACAACAACUCGUCCCGAUUCGGAAAGUACCUAGAAUUGGAGUUCAAUGCCAACGGUGAGCCGGUGGGAGCCAACAUUACAAAUUAUCUGCUGGAGAAGUCGCGAGUUGUGGGACAAAUUACGAAUGAGCGAAAUUUCCACAUCUUCUACCAACUCACAAAGGGUGCCCCACAGAAGUACCGCGACAGUUUCGGUCUUCAGCAACCCCAGUCUUACCUCUAUACGAGCCGUUCCAAGUGUUUCGAUGUGCCAGGAAUCGAUGAUGUUGCUGAGUUCAAGGAUACACUGGAUGCGAUGAGGGUGAUUGGAAUGAGCGAUGGGGAGCAGGACAAUGUGUUCCGCAUGUUAGCAGCUAUUCUAUGGAUUGGAAAUGUCCAAUUCAGCGAAGACGACUCUGGCAAUGCUACUAUUAGCGACCAGUCAGUUGUUGAUUUCGUCGCCUACCUGCUAGAGGUGGAUUCCGCUCAAGUGAACAAAGCUUUGACUAUUCGUCUGAUGGAGACUGCCCGAGGAGGACGCAGGGGCUCCAUAUAUGAAGUGCCGCUGAACAGAGUCCAAGCUUCCGCCGUUCGGGACGCUUUGGCCAAGGCAAUUUAUUUCAAUUUGUUCGAUUGGAUUGUGGAGCGCGUCAACCAGUCCCUGACUGCUCGCGGUUCUAUCACCAAUUCGAUUGGUAUCUUGGAUAUUUACGGAUUCGAAAUCUUCGAGAAGAACUCUUUCGAGCAGUUGUGUAUUAACUAUGUCAAUGAAAAGCUGCAGCAGAUUUUCAUUCAAUUGACACUCAAGGCAGAACAAGAUGAAUAUGCCCGCGAGCAGAUCAACGCCCCCCCUGGUGUCUUCGCCGCUUUGAACGAUGCCUGUGCAACUGCUCACGCUGAUUCCGGAGCGGCCGAUCAGACUUUCGUUGGCAGGCUUAACUUCCUGUCCCAGAACCCCAACUUCGAAGGUCGCCAGGGUCAGUUCAUCAUCAAGCACUAUGCUGGUGAUGUCAGUUACGCUGUGGAGGGAAUGACAGAUAAAAACAAGGAUCAGUUGUUGAAGGACCUGUUGAACCUUGCCCAAUCUAGCAGCAACGAAUUCGUGCACUCGCUAUUCCCCAACCAGGUCAACCAGGAUGACAAGCGUCGCCCACCCACUGCCGGUGACAAGAUCAAGGCAUCCGCGAAUGACCUUGUGGCCACACUCAUGAAGGCGCAGCCAUCUUAUAUCCGUACAAUCAAACCGAACGAUAACAAGGCCCCCAGGGAGUACAACCACGGCAACGUCCUGCACCAGAUCAAGUACCUGGGUCUCCAGGAGAACGUCCGCAUUCGACGUGCUGGCUUUGCCUACCGUCAGACCUUCGACAAGUUCACCGAGCGAUUCUACCUCUUGUCCCCGAAGACUUCGUAUGCUGGUGACUACACAUGGACGGGUGAUGUGGAAUCCGGCGCGAAGCAAAUCUUGAAGGAUACCCGGAUCCCUGCCGAGGAGUACCAGAUGGGUAUCACAAAGGUUUUCGUCAAGACUCCUGAGACGCUGUUCGCAUUGGAAGCCAUGCGAGAUAAAUACUGGCACAACAUGGCUAUCCGAAUUCAACGUGCUUGGAGAAACUACCUCCGUUACCGCAUCGAAUGUGCGAUCCGUAUCCAGCGCUUCUGGCGCCGCAUGACGGGUGGACUCGAAAUAAUCAAGGUUCGUGAUCAGGGACACCAGGUACUCCAGGGCCGCAAGGAACGCCGGAGAAUGAGUCUUCUCGGUUCUCGUCGCUUCCUGGGCGAUUAUCUCGGUGUCGGGAAUACCGGUGGUCCUGGUGAAAUGAUCCGCAACGGUGCAGGCAUCAGCGGUUCCGAUGAUGUUAUUUUCUCUUGUCGUGCCGAGCUUUUGGUGUCCAAGUUCGGUCGUUCUAGCAAACCUGUUCCCCGGAUCCUUGUCUUGACGAGUCGGCAUGUCUAUAUUGUUGCACAGAGCAUCGAAAACAACCAGCUUCUCAUUUCAGCGGAACGAACCAUUCCGGUUGGAGCCAUCAAGAGUGUCAGCACCUCGAAUCUCAAGGACGACUGGUUCUCGCUGGUUGUUGGGGCCCAAGAACCUGAUCCGCUAAUCAACUGUAUCUUCAAAACCGAAUUCUUCACUCAUCUCACCACCGUCCUACGUGGCUCCCUCACUUUGAAGAUCGGAGAAACCAUUGAAUACCACAAGAAGCCUGGCAAGCUGGCGACCGUCAAGGCAGUCAAAGAUCCAGCUGCUGGAAACGUUGACAGCUACAAAAGCAGCACAAUUCAUACUAGUGCUGGUGAGCCUCCAAACUCUGUCUCAAAACCCACUCCACGGGCGAAGGCAGUUGCUGCUCGCCCGGUUACAAAGGGCAAGCUACUUCGUCCUGGUGGCCCCGGUGGCGGCCCUUCGAAAUUGUCUCAGGCGGCUCGCCGACCUGUCCCUGCCGCCCAGCCUCUGCCCCGGUCUACCCCACAGCCUGCCGCGGUACCGCAGCCUGCUGCCCAGCCGCAUGUUGUACCUCAACCUCGCAUCGUGCCUCAGCCCGUGGCUACUGUCGCCGCUGCACACUCUCGCAACGAAUCUUAUAGUUCUGUGAGGUCUUCUGGCUCCGCGAGGGCUCCUCCACCACCUCCCCCUGCUGCACCACCUCCGGCCUCUCGAAAGCCCUCCGCAAAGGUCAAGUAUGACUACAGCAGCGACCGGGCCAAUGAGCUUUCCAUUACCAAGGGCGAAAUUGUCGAGAUUGUAUCCAAGGAAGGAAAUGGAUGGUGGCUGUGUAAGAACACAACAACCUCGGCGCAAGGAUGGACACCCGAGUCCUACCUCGAAGAAGUAGCCGUGGCUCCCGCACCAAAGCCCAUCCCACCCCCACCUCCCGUGGCACCCCGCGCAACCCCCAGCCCUAUUCCAAACGGCGCUGGAGCAGCUGCAGCUGCCAAGACCAAGCCCGCCCCACCCGCUCCCCCCGCGAAGCGACCCAACAUGGCCGGACGCAAGCCCGCGCCCCCGCCCGCUCCCCGUGAUAGCGCCGUGAGCAUGCAAUCCGGCGACUCAUCAGGCGCCAGCGGCCGCGGCACGCCUAACAGCGCAUCGAACGCCAGUCUCGCAGGUGGUUUGGCCGAGGCACUGCGGGCACGACAAAGCGCGAUGCAGGGUAAACACGACGACGACGAUGAGUGGUAG